UAAGCCGACUCACAUUUUCACAGCUUAUGCUUUGGCUGCGGAUAACGCAACUCGUAAGGCAUCUCAGCACUCGAAAGCACGCUCAGUACUGCCGACUACAACAUAUAAACAACAUAUAAAGCAGCGGCCUCCAGAAAAAGCGUAAGGCUGCGCACCCAAGCAGGCAUCCUCAGCAGCCAAAAAAAAUGCGAGGCCUCCUCCUCGCAGUCCUCCUCACGACAACAACCGCCGCAACGGAAACGCUCUUCGACCUCUUCGGCAUCAGCCAGGUCGAACUCCCGGGCCUCGACGACUCGCAACUCAAAAAGCUCUACAAGCGGCGCGCGCUGGAGCUCCACCCCGACAAGAGCGACCACCCCGACGCCGAGGAUCGGUUUAGGAGGUUGCAAGAAGCCUACGAAGGUUUGAAGGACCCCUCGACGCGGUCUUACUUCGCGAGAUUUGGCCAGUACGAUGUUUGGAGGAAUGUGAAAGAAUAUGCGGACGAGAAACUCCACCAUACGAGGAGAGGCUGGGUCCGCACGAGGAGAGGCGUGCAGAUGGCGUCGGAGCGCGUCGACAUCCGGGACGAGUUCGUCCGAGGCGACGGGCGGGUACUACCCCUCCAUAAAGAUUACUACGACCGAGCCUUUGGUUUUGAUGGAGUCACCGUGCUCCUCGUGGCGGACCACGACGAACCCCACGUGACCCAAAAACCGGCGAACGCGCUCCGGGCCUUCGCGUCGCGGGUGACCAGCAACCAAAUCCGGGUCGCUUCCUUAAAUGCGGCGGCGCUGGGCAACGGCGACUUGGCCAUGAACCUCUGGGAUGCGUUCGACAUGCGGCGCGGCGCGGCGCUCUGCGUCGUCGUGCCGCCUUUCUCGAAGCCGACCAGCGGCGUCCGCGUGCCCUGCGACCCCUCGGCGUCGUUACCUCUACGUUUAUCAAGGGUGGCCAAGUGGCUCAAGGACGACACGCUGGAGGCCGUCGCUUUUGCUGAUGGCGGCUACUGCCUCUCCGACGCGGUGUCGAAGACCUGCAAACGCGUCGAGGGGCCUAGAGCCGCGCUCGUGGUGUCGACGCAUUCACCUGCAUUGUCAAAGGCCGCGCGAAACGCGCGUUUGAAAUUUAGACCCUUCGCCGAGGUCGUUAUGAUUAAAUGUGACAAAGACUGCGCGAACACGCCUCGACUGCGCGUCGAUAUUGAUGAUAAAUCCGUGGACCUGCCCUUAAACGACAAGCACCAGGCCGACGACGAGCGCCUGGCGGUGACCUUCACGCACCUGCUCGACGGGUUGCUGCACGGGCUGAUCCCGCAAGAGAGGGCGCCGUCGUCCCUGGUCGUGGGAGGCCUCGGCGACCUCGAGGGCAAUUGCAAAUUACCGGGCCUCGACGGCCGCUUCGCGUUCGACGGCUAUAGAUUAGGCAGGCCGUCGUGGCGCAAGCGCAACGUGUACCUGCGGUGGCAGCCCGCGGCCUCCCGGAGCCGCGGCGUCGGCGCAUGGUUGUUAACAGAUAUGGCCGACGAAGAUAGAGCGUGGGGCUUCCUCGAGAUCGAUACGCUGACGCCGCUCGACGCCGCGGCGGCGUGCUGGACCUUCUACUGCCGGGGCCGGGCCGUCGAGUGGGAGUGCUCGCCCCACGUCAGUGUCGUGAACGGCGAGACGCCGGCGCCGAACCCGUCAAACUCUGUGUAAGUGA